UCAGGGGAACGCACUCUGAAAGAAAACUGCAAAACGCAAGUGUUGAUAAACCUCUCACACGCUGGUCAAAAGGAGAAGCUUCACCGUACUGUAUUAUAAUCGGCGAAGUUCAGGUUGAGGUUAUGAUUUCGCCCAAAAAUAACGACCAUGUCUGAAAAGAAUAGCAAGAACAUAGUGCCUUGUCUUUUAUGGGUAAAGCAGGGCUGCGCCAAACAGAAACCUGACAAGGUUUCACUAGACAAAGAUGAACUGAAAAAGAUUAUACAGAGAACUCAGGAGAAAUUGGAUGGGGUUGAGGAUGAUUCUGAUGAUGCUCUCGAUGAAGCCUCUGCACCUGAAAAAGAGGAAGGAGAAAACAAUGAUGAAUUUGCCAAGGCUGUGCAGAAAGCGAAGAAUAUGGCUGCUUCUAUUAAAAAGAAGGCUGCUGCUGAGAGCAAGAAAGCAGAAAAGAGGAAGCGUGCAGGGGAGGAAGAGGAGGAGGAUGAUAUAGUGGACAAAUAUGGGUUGGAGGACUAUGAUGAUGAUGAAUCACCCAUGGAUUUUUUGCAAGGAAUUGGAGGACUGACGCCGUUUGCAUCGAAUGAGGAGGAUCCAUACAUAACACUAAAAGAUGAUGCGGACAGUGACGAUGAAGAUUUUGAACUGAAACCCUCUGACAACUUGAUUGCUCUUGGCAGGGUGACAGAGGAGGCUGCGAUCUUGGAAGUACACAUAUACAAUGCUGAGCAGAGCAAUCUAUUUAUCCACCACGACUACGUGCUGCCCACAUUUCCCUUGGUUCUGGAGUGGUUAGACUACGACGUGGCAGAUGGACAAACAGGUAAUUUUGUUGCCAUGGGAACUAUGGAGCCAGACAUCAGCCUGUGGGAUCUUGAUGUCGUCGACUCUCUAGAGCCAGUCAGUAUCUUGGAGGGGGUCAAACCUAUCAAGAAGAAGAAAAAGAUGAAAAAGAAAGAAACUCUAAGCACAGGACACUCGGACGCUGUACUGGACCUGUCGUGGAACAGACACGUCAGGAAUGUUCUGGCCAGUGCCUCCGCCGACCAGACAGUCCGUCUGUGGGACCUGGCCGAGGGGAAGACGGCCUCCACGCUGACUCACCAUUCUCAGCAGGUUCAGUGUGUUGCGUGGCAUCCUGUGGAGUCUCAGUCCCUGCUCACUGGAUCUUUUGACAAACGUAAUAAUUUGUAUAUCCCCAUCUGUGUGUGUCCUCAGGCCAGCACAGACCAAGGCAACCUGUACUGCGUCGACAUCCGGCAAGACAAACCCGUGUACACACUGUCGGCCCACGAGCAGGCGGUGACAGGUUUGAGCUUCAGCUCUCAGAUCCCCGGUCUUGUUGUGACAACCUCGCCAGACAAGCAUUUCAAGGUGUGGGACGUACAAGGGAACAAGCCCUCUCUUGUGCUCAGCAGGAAACUUCACAUGGACAUACUCCACUGUGUGUCCUGUAACCCCGAUGAGCCGUUUGUGUUUGCCGUGGGUGCCAAUAAGGACUUCAAGGUCUGGGACAUCCGAGAGAGUGCGGCUGUGAGACGCCAUUUUCUAGAUCGCAUGCCAAGCAAACUGGCGGCCGAGUGUGAGGGGGAUGACGAGGACUUGCUGGAGGACGCGGCCGCAGCUGCCAUGGAGAACCUGAACAUGGACGACGAAGAUGCCGCCGAAGAGGAGGAGAUGCUGGCUGGAGACCGGCCAGUUGCCAAAGCCAGCGGGGAAGGCAAUCAGGCAUUGAAGGCAAAGAAGAAGAAAAAGAAGAAGAAGAAGAAAGGAGGAGCAGAAGGAUGAGUGUGACCUGUACAUUUUAUUGUAAAAGUUAUAAUAAUAAAUUAUAACACCAGAAA